GGCGUUCGCCAAACGGCCCAAACGCGUUGGUGUUUUCUUGAGGUCAUUCGACCUCGCAAAGCAGCCCUCCUUCGCCGCACGCGGCCCGGAGCUGCUCGCCCCAUCCUUCUCCUUUCCCUUUUCCACCUUGUCCUGCUCUCCACUUCCCAUGACCAAAAGGCGGCUUGCGUCCCCCUUCCUACCACCACUCUGCGCUCUGCUGCCGCAUGCACUGUGCUGAGAGCGGCGACCGCCUUCGAAGGGCUACGACAGUCGCGGCGACGGCGGCGGCGACUACGACGAAGAUGAUGAUCCCGGCGUCGGAUUCUGGCGGCGCCUCCGCCGGCGAAGAGGACCCUUCGCUCGCGAAGCGCGUCGCCGACCGCUACUUGAAGCGCGAGGUGCUCGGUGAGGGCACCUAUGGUAUCGUCUUUAAGGCCAUCGACACAAAGACUGGGCAAACAGUUGCAAUAAAGAAGAUUCGACUUGGAAAGUACAAGGAAGGUGUAAACUUCACUGCACUUAGGGAGAUUAAAUUGCUUAAAGAGCUCAAGGAUCCAAAUAUAAUUGAAUUAAUUGAUGCCUUCCCUCACAAGGGUAAUUUGCAUCUUGUAUUUGAGUUUAUGGAGAGCGACUUGGAAGCUGUCAUUCGCGACAGAAACAUUGUCUUGUCUCCAGCUGACGUCAAAUCAUAUCUCCAAAUGACACUAAAAGGACUUGCAUACUGCCACAAAAAAUGGGUUGUACACAGGGAUAUGAAACCGAACAACCUACUUAUUGCUUCUGAUGGACAGCUUAAGCUUGCAGACUUCGGUUUGGCACGCAUCUUUGGAAGUCCAGAUCGCAAGUUCACUCACCAGGUUUUUGCCCGUUGGUACAGAGCACCCGAGCUAUUGUAUGGGGCCAAGCAAUAUGGAGCAGGGGUGGAUGUGUGGGCUGCAGGUUGUAUAUUCGCUGAACUUCUACUUAGACGACCCUUUCUGCAGGGUUCAAGUGAUAUCGACCAACUAGGAAAGAUUUUUGCAGCUUUUGGGACUCCAAAGCCAUCUCAAUGGCCUGACAUGGUGUUCCUUCCAGAUUAUGUUGAAUACCAAUAUGUCCCUGCACCUCCAUUGCGGACACUUUUUCCAAUGGCCAGCGAUGAUGCCUUGGACUUAUUGUCAAAGAUGUUCACUUAUGAUCCAAAGGCAAGAAUAACAGUGCAACAGGCUUUAGAGCACAGGUACUUCUCAUCCGUACCUGCGCCAACAAAGCCAUCUUUACUUCCAAGGCCGCCUCCGAAGGGCGAAUCACAAAAUCACAAGCCUUCAGACUUCAUUUCACAGGAUGGGCCUCUUGUUUUGUCUCCACAAAGGAAGCUGAGGAGGGUUACUCUCCAUCAAGAUGGGUUGGAAGGAAAUGUAUACCAACUGGAUAAAGCUGGUGAGCAUGUUAAAGAAGUCAGAAAUAUGGAUGGAACUACUGGUCAGAGUGGUAGUAUGCCAAUGUCAAUAGACUUGGGAGCUGUGUUUGGCUCACGGCCACCUCCUAGACCAACUUUGAAUAGUGUCGAUAGGUCACAUUUGAAGAGAAAACUUGAUCUGGAUCCUGAAUUUGACUACCACUAGCAAUAGUAGACCGGCCUAGCGGCAUUUGGAAUAGUAUGGUAUUCAAGUUUGCACGUAAUGAGUAGUAAGAUAACUUCCGUUUCUAUCAGAUUUUGAACAUUGGAGAGUGGCAGGACCCAACAGCCGCAGUGCAAGAGAUGCAGUUGGGAUCAGGGGCACUGUAUUGACUCAGGCAAUGGUUAAUUCGGCAAUCACAGGUUUACCUUGAGAUGCAAUUUCUUAAUUAAUCACGAAGAACAAGAUAAGACAAGCUGCUUGACUCGUUUCAACUUGUAAUCUUAUUCAAUCUAUUUUUUCUUGUGGUGUAUGAUGAUGGAUCGACAUUGCUGCCGGGACAUCGGCUGCGAUUAGAUAAUGUGCUGCAAGUGUAGCAUACUUUUAUGGUAAAAAAUUAAUCUGAUGAUUGGUAUACAACUGUGGCAUGUUUACAGGCAUCUUUGAAGGCAACGUGUUUAUUU